AUGGAUUUGAUGCCCAGCUUUUGGGGCAGAAGCGUGGCAUCUGGUGGAAACCUCAACCAUCUUCAUGCAGUCCAGCUGAAAGGCCCGCGGCUGGACAUGAAGCGCUUGCGUGUGGCUCUGGAUCGCCUCCAAGCGCAGCAUCCGCGGCUCAGGGCGCGCCUGUGCUUUGAUGCCUGUGGUCAGCACUACUUGGUGGAGGACAAAACGCCACUGCCAAUCUACGAGAAAAUGGGGCAAGAUCUGGCCACGAUGAACCUGGAUUUGGAGGCUGCUCUCCUGAUUCCUGGCUAG